AUGCCACCCAACCUGCAGCCAUUCUUCCACCUCACCUUCGCAAUACUAACAACCAUCAUCUCCGCCGCAACAGUGACGCUAACCAACCUCCCGGCGUACCAGUCCCAACGCAGCUGCGCGACACAAUGUUUUUACAGCGGGUUCUCGAGCGGCGGGGGCCCGGACCGCCUGGCAAACCAGCUGGAUUGUUCCGUCGACCCGAUCGAGAACGACUGUUUCUGCCGCGCGGAUCUGCAGGACGACGCGGACGCGCUGAUCCAGAGCUGUGUGUAUGACUUGUGUUCCCGGAACACGAUCGACGUUAGCAGUGCCGUGAGCAUCUACGAUAGCUAUUGCACGGCGGCCGGGUUUGAGAGGGCGGUCGAGACGACUUCUGUGGGUGGUGCUGGUGGCGGGAGCUCAGGAACGGGAUCUCCCACAUCGAACGGCGCAUACCAAACCAACCCUCCGCCGCCAUCAUCAACCACGGCGUCUUCAUCUUCAUCCUCAUCCAACGACAAAUCCACGCCAUUUCUGUCGACGUCAGAACUAGUGGGCAUCAUUGUCGGCGUCUGCGGCUUCAUCGCAACCAGCAUCGGAGUGUGGUUUUCGUAUCGGAUGAUGAAAAAUAAACGGGCCGCUGCGCAUGGGCCGCCAUCUUAUAUGGCUGCAUCGGCGUCUCAGGCUCAAGGUCAUCAUCUACCCAUGGGACCCGUUGCAUAUAAAUAUCCCUUGGCGUCGCAAAACAGCUAUCAUGGGUUUCGGUGA